AAUAUUUAUUAUCAGCUAGUUUUCUAUAUUUAUCCUAUGAUAUUUUUUUUCUUUUACACUGCCCCGUUGUUUUAAACUCUGUAGGUUUGUAUGUCUACGGGAAAUUAUUAUAUUUUCUGCUGACUGCACUCCAAUCAAACGCUUCCGGGGUGCACUUGCCAUGAGACUAGCACGAAAAAUAUCUCCAAAUCUACUCCUCUAGGAACUUUAAAAUAUUAGUACCGUUUAGUUUAAGCUGAAAUGGCCAUAACAGCGGAUCACAUUCGAGACAAACUGGUCAAGGAGCUCGCGGCAGUGCAUGUGGAUGUUGAGGACACAUCCCCUAACAGAUGUGCUGCCAGCUACAAAGUCCUUAUUGUUUCACCCCAGUUUGAGGGCAAGCCGCUGUUACAGAGACACAGGAUGGUCAACACGUGCCUUGCAGAGGAGCUCAAAGAAAUCCACGCGUUUGAGCAGAAGACCCUAACGCCAGAACAAUGGGAAAAACAGAAAUCACAAUGACAAUGUAGAGCCUUAAAGUUACUCAAUGAAUUACUCCUCUCUUAACUCGUUUGUUACUUUGACAGAUAAACUUAUUCCACUUCUUUGACCCA